AUGUGUCUUGGUCAUCUCUGUUAUUCUGGUGAAUGUGAUCAUUUUGUAUUAUUGGCCACCAAUAUAACUCAUGAAAACAAAGUUAAGAAUAACACAACAAUUAUGAAUACAAUUCGUUCGCCAUUUUAUCACAUUCCUUGGUCUUCAAUAGUCAAUGCUACACAAACAAAAUGGUCUUCAUGGGUAGAUAAAACUGGUUUAACAAUACGUCGUACUGCCUUAAUUAUCUUAUUCAUUGCAAAUAUCUCUUUAACAUUUAUGGCAUUAAUUCUAGUGAUUAAAUCAAUUCGGCAGGCAAACAUAAUAGCUAAUAGAAAAUCAUAUCGUUACACACUACUCUGA